AUGUCUUCAAAUAUUAUUAACAGUGGAGCGCAUGCGCGAGGAACGACUCGACUGGCUUUCUCAAAGGAUGGAUCACGCGUUUAUACUGGCGGCGAAGAUUGUCUUGUGCGGAUUUGGGACGUAGACGGAGGGGCAGAAAAAGAACCAAGUACAGCUGCAGACUCUGAGGAAGCGGUGACUUGGAUUGCGACUGCUGAAGACUGCUGGCUUUCAAGUUGCAAAGACUCUGACGUUCGAAGAUAUGCAAUUGGCUCGACAUCUUCUGACGCUACUGUCACUUCGACCUCGGUACCAGCAAGAUCCAUCGCUAUUGACCCCAAAGGACGGAAGGUGGCCGUUGCAUCUGACGAACUCAAGGUUCGGGUUGUCGACCUGGAAGAUACCGUUUCUGUACAAGACCUCACUGGAUAUACUGCACAUGCCCGGGCUGUCAGUUGGCAUCCUUCAGGGAACAUAUUGACAACAUGCACGGCAGAUGGCAAGAUUCUUAUCUGGGAUCUGAGCGAGGACGAGCCGAGGCUCGAAAAGACGAUAGAAGGAAUUCUCCCGGUGGUGAAGGACGACGAGUCAACAGAGUAUGGUUAUGACUGUUCAGCGGUGUGGCAUCCUUCAGGAAGCCAUUUCUAUGUUGCAUCCAAGAGCCACCAGAUCGUGGCUAUCUCUCGGUCUGACUGGAGCAAAAUCCCAGGAUCAUUCUCUCACACGGAUGCCCUGGGUGCAAUCACCGCCCUCGCCAUCUCGCCCAAUGGAGAGUACCUCGCAUCUGCUUCUCAAUCCACAGUCCGCGUCUGGUCAACUAAAAGCAGACAGCACAUAACAAACGCAACGGGCACACCAGGAGCUACCAUCACCCAACUUGCUUUUUGCCCUAAACGUAAUCUUAUUGCAUGGACGGACGACGAAGGUGGAUUCUCCCGUUGGUCCAAUCCUAUCGACAAGAAGUAUCCAGAUCCAGUCAGAACCGGCUCAGCUGUCCCUACCACGACGACGUCCUCGACUUCCAAAAAGUCGCUUGAGAAUGAUAUCUUUGCAGACGACGACAAGAUGGACGAGGACGACUUGGGCGGGGAUGAUGUUGACCUCGACGAUGACAUUGACUUGCAUAAGAACUUCAUCGAAGAUGACAUGGAUGGUGCCUUGAAUGACGAUGACGAACCUGCGGGGAGGAGAGGAGGGAGUGGGUAUGUGAAGGAAAUGGUGAGCAUCACCAAGGCUCAACCGCCCUUCCAACCCGGCUCAACGCCAUUUGUUAACAAGAAGAGGUACCUGGCGUUCAAUAUGCUCGGAGUAAUUGAAGCCACGGACCAAGAUGUGCACCAAAUCAUAAACGUAUCAUUCUUUAACACAACCGAGCGACCGAGUUUCCAUUUCACAGACAAUUACAAAAACGACAUGGGUUACUUGGGCGAAUGUGGUGCAGUUUUUGCGUGUCCACCAGAGGCAGGGCAUCCAGCACAAGUGCUCUUCAAGCCGUAUUCACCGACGGCAAAGGAGUGGAGGUACUCACUCCGGCCUGGCACUAGUGUCCUCGGGAUUGCGGCUGGCGGUCUUGCCCCUAAGGAAGGCCUGCGAAACAGCACGAAUGCUGAUUUACAGGGAUAUGGGAACGUGGUAGUGGCUACGAGCGAGAAUGAUUUAACAUUCCUAUCUGGAACCGGUCGGGAGCGGAGGAUUAUGGCACUUGGUGGAGACCUCGUGACAAUGGUUGCAAGUGCUGAAUGGGUGUUCGUUGUGCAUCGGCCAGGUUUUACAACCAUCGAUGGGUCGCAGAACUUGUACUACACUGUCAUCAACUUUGAUGACUUUAGUGUAAGACAGCGGGAUGUCCUCCCUGUUCCCAAGAACCACACACUGAAAUGGGUCGGUCUGACCGAGCAAGGACUACCGGCAAUGUACGACAGCACUGGUUAUCUCCACAUCUUGACCAAAGUCAGAAUACCGCAUCAUGCCGCCUGGGUCCGGAUAAUGGACACCAAUCUCCUCGAGAGGCGGAAAGGAAAGGAUGAAUCGUACUGGCCUGUCGGUGUCAGCGACGAGAACUUUAUGUGCAUCAUCUUGAAGGGUCGGCAAGAACAUCCGGGUUUCCCUAGACCUUUAAUGCAAGAGCUUCCUAUCCAGUUGCCAUUCCGUCAAGCUCACGCUGGCGAAGAGCGGAUCGAACGCAAUCUCCUCUACGUUCAAACAGCCCUCGAUUCCCUGGAUGACGACCUGACCACCGAGGACAUCCAAUCCCGCGAACAGGCCAUUGACAAGGAAUUCAUCAUCCUCAUCCAACAUGCGUGUAAAGAUGGUAACACCGCCCGCGCUCUCGAGCUCGUCAAGCUCCUCCACAACAUUCCCUCUUUCGACGCCGCCAUUGCCAUCGCCAAUUUCUACAGCUUGCAAGGGUUGAAAGAGAAGAUGGAGUAUCUGAAGCAAGAACGGGAGGAAGAUGAGGAUAGGUUGAUCGUGUUGAGGAACAAGAGGCGGAGGUGGAUGAAGCCUGACGCGCCAUUGAGGCAACUCGCGGAAUCUAGUUCGUCGAGGUACGAUCCAUUGGGGGACGUUCGAGCACCGCCGCCUGUGGAGAGACCUGGGAUGGCGAGGGUGACGAAACCUGUAAUCGAGACCACGAGAUUUAGUUCCAAGGCACCGUCGACGCAAUCCCAGAACUUCAUGAGGCAGAGCAGUCCGGCGAUGGAAGCGUCGAGUUCGAGUCAGUGGGCGGAUGACCAGACCAUGAGGGAUUCGCCCCCGCCGGUUGAGAAGCGCAAGCGGGACGAAGUGGAGGACUCGUUCUCGUCGAGUACGAUGGGUCCGCCCCCACCAAAGAAUAAAUUCAACCCGUUCGCAAGGAAGGCCGCGCCUGACACGAACAAGAACCCUUUCGCCCGCAACUCUGAAAAUAACAAGUCUCUCCACAAGAGCGAAAGCUUCUUUGACAAAGUGGAUGCUGCCGAGGCAGGGUCAAUAUCGACUCGCAAACGUCCUGUUGCUAAAGGCAAAGACGCAAAGAAAGAUGCAGGGCCGAAACAAGCUACCCUGUUCAACAUGCUUCCCAAGAAGGACAAGACGGCGACGGCGAAGAAACCCAACGGGACUGCGCCGAAUGGCGAUGUUGAUAUGACGGAUGAAUCGCAGCAAACCGUAGACGACAAUUGGGAAGAGACUCAGCUAGCCGAUGAGGAAACCUGA